GCACCACCAUUUGACCCCACCAUCAAUCAACCUCGGAACUCUCCACAGCUGCCUUACGCGCCACCAUCUCGAGAGCAUCCUGAGCCAACAACUAGUUCGUAACAGCUUACAAAACUUCGCGCGAGGCUGUUGGUCGCCGAUUUCUAUACUCUUCAAAAAUUCAUACUCCCAGCACCCAUCUUCUCGCAAGUUUCCUCACAACCGACACCAUGCUCAUUAAAGUAAGAACCCUCACGGGCAAGGAGAUCGAGCUUGAUAUCGAGAGCGACUACAAGGUAUCGCAGAUCAAGGAGAAGGUUGAGGAGAAGGAGGGCAUCCCGCCCGUGCAACAACGCCUGAUCUACGGCGGCAAGCAAAUGGUUGAUGACAAGACGGCAAGCGAGUACCAACUCGAGGGUGGUGCAACGCUACAUCUGGUUCUGGCUUUGCGGGGAGGAUGCUAGGUGGCUGGCACUUCUGCGGUCUCUGUGUACCGUCAUUGGCGAUGGGAGUUCACGGCGCCC